AUGGCCGUCCACAUGCGCAAGCAGCCCGGCCAGCUCACCGUGGUAAUAAAACUCGGAACCUCAUCGAUAGUCGACGAAAAAACCCACCAACCCCUCCUCUCCAUCCUCUCCCUCAUCGUCGAGACAGCAUGCAGUCUGCGCGCCGCUGGCCACCGCGUCGUAAUUGUGUCUUCGGGCGCCAUUGGUGUCGGCCUACGGCGCAUGAACCUUCCACGUCGUCCAAAACACCUCCCACAAGUUCAAGCGCUGGCUGCUAUAGGACAGAGCAGAUUGAUGUCACUAUGGGACCAGCUGUUUGGCCACUUGGAGCAGCCGAUUGCUCAGAUCCUGUUGACACGGAACGACAUCGCCGAUCGGACGCAGUACCAAAAUGCGCAGAACACUUUCAUUGAGCUGUUAAGCAUGGGCGUCAUUCCGAUUGUGAAUGAGAACGAUACUUUGGCGGUUACUGAGAUCAAGUUUGGUGACAACGAUACGCUGAGCGCCAUUACGUCGGCCAUGGUCCAGGCGGAUUAUCUUUUCCUCAUGACGGAUGUGGACUGUCUGUAUGACAAGAACCCUCGCACAAACCCAGAUGCCAAGUCUAUACCUGUUGUGGAAGACAUUGCGGAGCUGGCAGCAGACGUCAGUUCGGCAGGCAGUUCACUGGGCACAGGCGGUAUGAGCACAAAGAUCGUGGCCGCAAGGCUAGCAACAAGCGCAGGUGUCACAACAGUCAUCACAAAGAGCAGUAAACCAGGCAACAUCUCAGGCAUCAUCGCGCACGCCGAGAAGCAAAGAAAGUCACGAAUGUCAAGUCGAAACUCCGUCACCAACUUCCAAGACGAAGGCGCACCACUCGCGCCAGCAGCAUAUCAAGACUCUAACCACGACCUCUCAACAUCCACAUCCACACUGGACAACCAACAACUGACCGGCCUAUCCUCCCCUAAACCAGAGGAGCCCGUCCCCCUCCACACCCGUUUCCUGCCCAUAUCCAACCCGAUCCGGGACCGCUACUUCUGGAUUCUCCACGGUCUCGCACCCCACGGGACGAUAUACAUCGACCAAGGCGCCUGGGCAGCCCUAAGCGACAAAGCAGGUCUCCUCCCCGUGGGAAUCGUAGAAGUAGACGGCCACUUCGCCCAACAAGAAGCCGUCCGCAUCGUCGUUGUCAAACGCCUCUCCAACCCUCCCCACUCCCCGAAACCGACGACUCAAACACCACCAACGCCCCAGCCGCCCAAUACCCCCGGCGCCCUAGCUCACGGCGUCCACGCCCCAAUUCCUAUCCGAACACCCCUGACACACUCGUCCUCGUCAUCGUACUCGAUGUCCUCUUCCCAGACACUACUGCAGCAUCCGCCCAAUUUCGAAUUGCACAAUCCCGCGCCGUUUGAGAUAGGGAGAUGCGUGGUGAACUAUUCUGCUACGGAGAUCAGACGCAUUAAGGGAUUGCAUUCUACGCAGAUUAGUGAGGCAUUGGGGUAUGCGGAUAGCGAGUAUGUGGCGUUGAGGGAGAAUAUUGCGUUCUUUGGGGGUGAGAGAAGUAGACCUAGUACGCCUGAUUUUAGGCAUGGGGAGAAGAAGGGAGAGGGGGUUGAGGCGCACUGA